UCGGCCGUUCUAUUGGCCAGUAUAUUCGCUGUGUGCUUUGCUCGAUGUUUUUUUUUCUUGCUGCUGCUUUUCGUCUUCGGUUCCAACCGUUUUGCAUUUUUACGGUGUGUUCACAAUACUUUCGGACACAUAAAAUUCAUCGAGUAGUAUAGUUUUUGUUCAAAUAACAACAGCUAUAAUGGUAAAAAAGGCAGUAGCAAAAGUACAACAACAACAAUGUUAGCAGCGAAAUCACAGCUUAACAAAUUCAAUGACUGAACCCAUUUUGUUUGUAUUGGUUUGCGUUCCGGCGUGCCUGUGGUUUCUUGUACACGACGAAAUGUAUAUAUAUACACAGAGUAUGUUAGCAUAGAUGAAUGUGCAUAGGUAUGGCACUCACAGUAUGACCUAAACACGUUUCCUUUGCUUCUUUCGUUUCGUUUGUCAUCAUCAUCAUCAUUUUUAUUUUCUUUUUGUUUGCGUAAAAGUAUUGGCGAACGUCGGAAAUUAAAACGAAACAAAGACAAAUCUAAUCAAUUUUGGUCGCAAAUCUCUAAUGGUCAUCACUUGUGUCACUUGUCAUUCCAACCCCGAAUGAUCUAAUUUUUAUUGCACAAAUAUUCUUAUUUCUUGAGAUUUGAAAUUUUUAUUGCAAUUUUCGCCGCUUAUAGUUCAGUGCUCAUUGUGUGUGUGUGUGUGUAUAUUUCUUAAUUCCAACCAACAAUCGCGCCAUAUAUACCAAUACACGGGCAAGUUGUAGCAAAAUACGUUGAAAAUCUCAUUCGACAUUCGUGUGUACGGCGGCGGUGACGGCAGCAGCAGGAGCAGCUAUGCGACCGAAGAAAAAAAAACACGAAUUGAAAUGAAAUGAAACGCACAUUUUAGUGUUGCUGCUGUGUGUCUUGAAGUGUAUACGUGCACCAACACUGUUUUCAACUUGAAUUUUUGCUGACGUAGUGAAUCUGUCUCUGUUUCGACAGAGAGCCACUCCAUAAGAGGCGAACACAAUAUGUUAUUUUAAAUCAAUCUUGUCAAAGUGAUAACUUCGAUUCAACAUUUUUUUUCAGCAAUCGAUUUGGAACUACCGCCCCAACGUCUGCUUUUUUUGCAAAAGUCGUUAUUUCUAUUUUUUGUUGAACUUACCAGUUACAGUUUAAAUUCAUCACUAUGGCCGAUUUAGAUGACGCACAUUUCGAAACUGGUGACUCCGGUGCAUCAGCCACCUUCCCAAUGCAAUGUUCUGCUUUGCGUAAAAACGGUUUCGUCAUGUUGAAAUCGCGUCCAUGCAAAAUUGUAGAAAUGUCAACAUCAAAAACCGGAAAACACGGACACGCCAAAGUCCAUAUGGUCGGCAUUGACAUCUUCAACGGCAAAAAAUACGAAGAUAUCUGUCCAUCAACCCACAACAUGGACGUCCCACACGUCAAACGUGAAGACUACCAAUUGACUGACAUCAGCGAUGACGGAUACUUGACUUUGAUGACCGACGGUGGUGAUCUUCGUGAAGAUCUUAAGAUUCCAGAUGGUGAUUUGGGCAACACUCUACGUUCCGAAUACGAUAGUGGCAAAGAAUUGUUGUGCACCGUACUCAAGUCGUGUGGAGAGGAAUGUGUUAUUGCUGUUAAAACAAACACUGCUCUAGACAAAUAAAACAGAGCUUUCAAUUUCAAGCCUCGUCCCGCCACAAUAAAUAAAUUUAUAACAACAAGAAAUUUAUUAAAAACAAUAAAAACACAAUUCAAUAAAAUUUAUUGCAUACCAAUACACAACAAAACAA